AUGAAGAAAAAUCAAUCAAAAUUUUGGUCUCUCGUAAAACAAUCGUAAAAUCGUAGAAAUCCACCGUAGUGCGUGCGUUUGCGGCUCCCAAAAGACGGGCCAGGGCCCGAUAAGAAUAUGCAUUAGGCCAAACGGCAGUAAAGCAGAGUUCUUUUUGUUUUCUGUUCGUGGUACUUGCUGGUUGCUGCUUUUGCGUACACCUUGAUUUGUGCGAUUCAUCCAGUGCAAGAGUGCGCUACGGCUCUGGCGGAUUUGUUUUCGUCCUACGUCGCAGUGUGUACGUAUGUGUGUGUGUCUGUGUCCGUUCCGUUCUGUCCAGCUCAGGUGCAUUCAGGAAUCGUCCAGAUGCUGCGGGCUGCUGGUGCAUGCACAGUGUCCAAGAAGCUGAAUCGUUGCUAGACUUGCCAACAAAUCCAGCCAAACUCGUCCAGUGCGUCAUAAGGGCUAGCAGGCAAACCAGUGGGCUAAACCCCGUCAGGAAAACCCGUCUGGAAAUGGAAUAGCAAAGGAGAAGGAAAACGUUUGUACGAGACACGAUGCGCAGGAUGUGUACGAUGGAAAAAGUGUACACGUGUGUAUGCGCGUGCUAACCUGCCCUGGGAGUGUUCCCGGUGAUGAAACACUAGAUCCGGUGUGAGCGUACGAGUGUGUGUGUGGCUGUGCGUGGAAAAAGUGAACAGUCCCUUUACUCGGGGUGGAAACAGUCAUCAGGACAUUCAACCUGCUAGCCGCAGUAGGGCCAUCGUUUUCUUUUAGGACAUCCAGACUCCCGACUCCGAGUCCGGGUCCGCUUAUUUCUCGCGACACAGUUUCAAUGAGCCAAGGAUCAUCACGUCAGGCUGAGCAUUGUGUUCCGUUUCUGUUUGCUUUCCGGGAUCGGGGAACAUAUCCGAUUGCUGCUGCUGUUUCUGCGCCACGUCCAACAAAUGGCACUCUAUGAGCAAACCGAAACCACAACAAAGGUUACCCUAGACGACACCGAGACCUGCUGUUGCACUAUAGAAACAGCACAAACCAUCCAUGGGCAUACGGAGUAUGUGCUGCGAGUACAGCGUGGACCGUGCCCGGAAAACAGCUGGCGCAUUCUGCGGCGCUACAAUGAUUUUGCAUCGCUCAACAAGUGUUUGCAAAUUUCCGGGAUCGAUUUGUCAUUCCCGGGCAAGAAGCUAAUUGGUAAUAUGCGCCCAGAUUUCGUAGCUGAACGGUUGAACGCAUUACAGGAGUAUAUAAAUCAGGUACUAAUGAAUCCCAUUUUGGCAUCAUCGUUACCAACCAAAAAGUUCAUCGAUCCGGACAGUUACUCGACGCCGUUCCAUGAUUUGGCCCUACAGUAUGCGUCGAUGAGCUUGCGCACCGAGGGCGUGUAUACGCUCGGGCAGUCGCUCGGUCCGAUUGGAUGGCGCCUGCGGAAACACUAUUUCAAGGUGGUACACAAACCGCAGGGCAACAAGCAUUCGCCGGGCCAUUCGACGACAAAGCACCAUCUGAUCAAGUCGAGCUCGCAAUCGCACGGCAAGCAGCACACGACGCAGGUAUGCGUCACUACCUCGACCGAGAAGGAUUACAACAGCAGCACAAGGGACCACAGUGGCCGCGAUGAUCUUAUCCUGAGCUGGACCGAGUUCGGUCCCGAUCGGUACAUUGACGAGAAGGACAUACAUACGGUGUUGAAGAAUUUCGGCGGCGUCGCACACCCGUACAUCGUGCCGAUCGAGCAUAUCGCGUCGAACGAUACCGGGGCGCUGGUGAUACGGAAGUUUUACAAGCAGGGCAGCCUGAAGGAUGUGCUGUGCUCCGCCAGUCCGUGCAAUCCGUUCCUAUCGAAGUACGGCAGUCCGAAGGGAAGAACGCCGUUGCCGCUGAAGGAUUUGGCGCUGUACGCACGGCAAAUCCUGGAAGCGAUUCGAUUCCUACACUCGAAGGGUAUGGCGUGUGGGCAUGUGCACUGCGGCAACGUGAUAGUGGUGGACGGGAUCGCGAAGCUGAUGGAUGUGGAGAACUUUAUCUUUGGCGUACCCUCCUUCUAUCGGCCGUUUUUCGUGCAGCACAGCAAAAUCAACACGUGCGAAGCGAUCGACGUGUACGGGUUUGGCCAUUUGCUGUACGAGAUGUGUAUGGGCUACCCGUUGCAGGAUUCGUACGCACGCCAAAUAAGCGACUGUCCGGAUAGUUUAAAAUCACUGCUGGAAUCGAUCCUAUCGAAAGAUGCCUGCAAAUCCUCGCUUCCUACACUCGAUCAGCUGACGACGCACCCGUUCUUCAGCGAGUAUGCAGGGCAUUUUAACGAACUGUACGCGACGACGAUCGCUGUUCAGAAGCCACAUCUAAAGUUCUCUACCAGCGCCAAAGAGCAGCUAAAGCUGGCAGUUCAAAAGACUGAGAAUCGUGUCCGCGACGAACAGCGCUCCGUCAAGAACCAGAAGCGUUUGGUUCGGGUGCAGGAGAUGAUGACGUCCGAGGAGGAGAAGAAAAAGAUCAAACAGAAGGCUAAACACGAGCAGAAGCAGGCAAAGCUGCGCGCUCAAAACUCGCUCCAGCUAAACAACGGUCCACCGAUGACCGGACCGUCCGGGAUGGCCGCCACAGUGCAUCUGUCCAGCUCGACCGGCGGUAUCGUGAAGUCGGACAGUGCCAACAGCAUUACCUCACCGCAGGAAGCACUGAUGUCACCGCCGCCCCACGCAACAGACAGCGGCGGAAGUACGUCCCCCCAGCCACCUCCCUCAGCGCCACCGAUUCCGGGCCCACCCUCAUCGUUACCACUGUUUCCUGUUCCCGCCGAUUCCGGUGCCUCCGGUGGCGCCAGCGCUUCAGGUAAGCUUGCGAAGUCAAUUUCCGGCGACGAAUCGACUACCGGUAACCGCAGCGCUCUGCUACAAUCGAUUUGCAAUUUUAACAAAAGCGGACUGAAAAAGAUCAGCCCAACCGAUGAGGGUGGAAAAUAAAAUCGCUUCGCCGCUUAUCCGUCGUUGCUCCCGGUUGCAUUGGUCGCCGCCACACGGAAAAGGCUGUUUAUAGGCAAACACACACACACACACACACACUAGUGUAAUAGCAACCAUUGGGAUUGUAUGAAACGCUCGUUUGCAUCGUUGCUAUGUUUGCUAUGUUUUGUGGGCUGUGGGACUGAACCACUGACUGAAAGAGGGGGAAAAAGCGGAAGAAACGAUCUUCGCACGCCAAACAUACGCGUGCACGCUACAUCGUUCACAAAUCAAACGCAAGUGAGAAGGGAUUUCGGAAAAACAUAGACAAACACACGCAGGCAGAGGAUGAGAGCACGAUUUUUGGACCAAUUUUUCAUAACACUAGUAGCAAAAUCAAAUCCCAAAACAUUAUUAACUACAUAAAUACUUAACAAAGCAUUGAGUGUAAAUGAAGCGAGGAUAAAUAAGAAACCAAACAAAACAGUCGUGUAGCCAAAGUAAUAGAAGUACGUAAGAAGGAAACGAAAGUAACACUAGAAAUGUGGGAAUCGGCGAAGGUGCAACCGAAACCGUUGUUAGCUUUUUCUUUUGCGCUUAAAUAUGGUUUUGUGUGAUAUUUGUUUUUGAAAAAAAGCAGUAAAGUUUUGAAUGGUUUUCGUAUAUUUAGGAAAAAAAAAUCAAAUACUUUUCGUACUCUCUAUGUUCCUUCAUGUAGUUAUUUAUUGGACUAAGGAGCAGGGCAAGGUCCACAGGCUGCAUGUGAAGGUCCACAAGUGCACAGUGAAAUGAGAACGUGAAAAGAUAGGACAAAAUGAUUUUAUUUAAACUCACAGUUAGUUUUAUACUUCAAAUAUGUCAAUCAUUCUCAUUCGGCGAAAUCAUUUUUUACAGCAAAAUUUAGUGAUAACUUUAACAUAAUUUUGCAUAAAUUUUGAGCUCAAAUAAUUAUUUUUUAUUUUGUUGUAUUACGUUAUUUUUUUUUUUAUUCCUCAAGAACGGCCUGGCCGUAUUGCUAUAUAAAUGAUUUUUAUAAAUACCUUAAUAUACCUAUUCAUCUAGUUUUGGGUACCGUUUUAGCAAGUUUUAAAAUACAUACGUAAAUGCAACAUUUGAUUUUAUUUAAAUAAUAAAAAAAACAUACACCAGUAUUGAGCAACAAUAGGAUCGAACGUAUUAAAUACAUUGAAAAAAACAAUAUAAAGUGAUAAAAUAUCUUUUGAAUACUGUAACGAGCUUUUAUUAAGUUUAAUUUACAUUAUGUUUAUAUAAUUAACGGUUAAUUUAAAUAUCACUUAUAUGUCCUACGUGCUCAUGUACGCAAUUCACCGAGAACUUACACCUAUGGACCUAACCUACUCCUUAGCCAUUUAUUGUUAUCACAUCAAUUAAUGAAUAUCCGUUUGUUGAGGUGUAUUUCGUUAAAUGUUUGAGACACCAGUUUGCUUGUGCUACAUUAUAUGGAAGCAUUGUUUCGUUUUAAAUUCGUCAAGUGUCCGAGGCACACGAAGGCACACAUAGAACUGUAUAUUUAUUCUUUGUUAUUACUCAGAAGCCAAAUAUUUAGACAUAAUUUAGACAAGCCAAAUGCAGAGAGAGAGAGAGAAAAGCGAGUUGUUGUAUUUGUAGCAUUGAUUUACAGAGGAAAGGAACUAGGAAAACCCCCCAUUACGAUAGCGAAUAUUGGCGAAAGGGUAAAAAGGAACCUCAGUUGGAUAUUGAUAGGAAUUUUAACCACACAUACCAUCCGUUUCCGUGUUUGCGGAAUGUAAUUGCAUUACAGCAGGACUACCAAUUCCAUUAGUGUGUGUAGCUGGGUAGCUGGUUUAUUAGUAAGAUUAUGAUAAAAAUAGGCACGAGAGAUAUUGAUUUCGAUGCUGCGUUCGUAUGUCGUAUGGCCCUUCGUUACAGUACGAGUACAUUUCUAAGUUUCUAAACUAUUCGCACUUGACCGGAAAUUGACUUUUUCGAACAUUUCAUCAAAACACCCCUAUCACAUCUCUGCCUUGCUGCGUGCAACAUAAUAUUUGAUGGAAAUGAAAUUUGACAAAUAUUGAACUUAACGCCUAAUGUUUUCAAAAAAAAAAAAACAAAAGAGAAAGUAAACAAAUCUAUAUGCAUAAAUAUAUCAUCACUGUGGAGAUUAUUUGUGAUAUUGUACCGUACCGCCGUACCGCUAGCACGGAAUUGCGUAUUAAGUAUAGUUGUGUCAGUCUGCUAUCUUACUUUCAACCAAAAGAGAGAAAAAAAACGGAAUAAUGUAAAUUUAAAUCAUGACCUACGCUUGUUAAUGUUUAGUGCAAAACUGCAAAAUUGACUUGUGAUAUGAGUUGUAUUAUAACCGAUUUGUUAACACCGAUUUGUUUUAUGUUUACACUAUCCCGUCUAUAAUUUGCAUAGCCAAACGUUCGACGCAUAGUAAGGAACAUAAGUGUGGGAAGUAAUCCGUGCAUCAGUUGAAUAGAUUUCGUCUUUAAAAUUAACAGCUGAAAAUGUUUCCUGAGUUAAUGCCGCAGAAUGCAAGAUGGUAGAUGUAUACCUAAAUAUACUUAUUAUACACAUACAUAGAUAUCAUUAUCGUCCGUUGUAAUUGCCGAUCGAGAGAGAGAGAGAGAGAAAGAGAUAGAUGGAAAGAAAAAACAUUGUUCGCUGAUGGAAAUGAUCUUAUGAGCAAAACACAAACACACUGACAGACACGCUAACACUAACUCUGACGAAAGAGGAACAGGAGCACAUCUUAACCUAAUCGGACAAACUAGGCUUUUUAAAAAAAUGUAUAACGGACGCAUCUGUUUCAAGCGGUUGAUUGGUAGUGUGGUAGCAGACUGUCGGUACCGCCCGGCCGAUUCACCAUGGUCACUAGCGUAUGAUAAAGCGGCUAGAGCCACGUAGCGAACUAUCGCGUACCGUACCAUAAUAUUAUUAAUAACAAUAGAUGUUGUAUUUGCAUCUGAGGCUUUAGUGUACUGCUAAAAUGGUGGCCCUCGCGUCACUGAGAAGAUUCGAACGGCUGUCUAGGAGGGUGGUCACCAUCGUUGGUGGUGUUUCGCUUUCAAAGGGACGCUUCCAGUCCAAAGAUGUGCGAUAAAGCAAACCAAACUAAAAGUAUAUGUUUAGUGCCAUUACGUUCUAGAUAACAAACAAAAAAACAAAAUACUGAAAUUAAAACAUUUAAAAUAUUUAAACAGAAAAACAAACACACACACGGAAAGAGCGACAUAUAAAGGACAACACAAACAUGAACCAAGGCGCAGAAAAACAUGCGAAGAAGCAGAGCAUAGUUAUACCGGUCUGGCCGUCCUUACAGCAGCAACAUUCGCGCAUCAGUUUUGCGGACCUUUCGCUCCGGUAUAGGGGGGAUAGCGAUAGACAUGAAUUAAUAUCACCCGUAACAAUAGUCCACACGUGGAAGUAUUUUACUGCUGUUGAGACGUUACAAUGAGAAUCUUCUACACGUUAUUAUACAUAUACAUAUAUAUACAUAUACAUAUAAAUAUAUAUUUACUAAAGCGCUAGUAAAAAGUAAACAAAACCAACACAUCUGAUCACAGAUAAACAAAAUCAACAAAACCAACUGUAUUUCUUACUAUAAUUGUGAUUUUAUGUGGAAAAAAGUGUAUCCUGAUAUAUCUCCCUUUGAUAACAAUAUUAUACAAUCAUAAACGAAACACGAAACACGAUGGGGGAGAAAGGACAGCAGCGCACAACUGUUGGGAAAUGGAUGCGGCACAUUUGGGGGGGAAAAAAAACGAUGGAACAAAUCUGUAACGAAGGAAGAAAUUAUUCAUAUUAACUGUGUAACGCACGUGAGUAAACAACUAAAUGCUGAACUAAAAACAAAUUUAACAAAAAACAAAACACACACACAUUAAAUGUAAACCAUUCCGUAAUGAUAAAAAGUAAAACAAAGAAACAAACAGGCAAGAGAUCAAAACGCAUACCCCACCACGAUCCUAAUGUGGAGGCGGUAGUCGGUAGCUGAAGUGGGAAUAAGGAAUUUUAACGUAACGUUUAAAGAAAAGUUUCUUAAAAAAAACCAUCUGACAAAGUGGUUGAACAGCGAGAUAGGGAAAGAUAGAGGGAACUAAAGUAUUUAACGAUGUGCUAACUAGAAAACGAUGACUUGGAGGGUGAUGCACUUUUGCAGAUGUUGCUUUCGAUAUGUAUUUGUAAAUGUUUGCUUUUACAUUGGUGUUUAAGUGCAUGAGACAUUCCAUGCUGAUCCUAUGUUCAAUAGAACUGAUCCUAGCGUUGCGAUUUUAAAAUGGCUUUUGUUUCAUUUAAUUAAUGCUAUUGCCUGUUACUGUUGUAUUUUAUGUAAUGGAUUGAUCUGUUUUGUAUUAAAAAAAAUCAUAUUUAUAUCAGAUUUAAAUGAUGAAGUUUAAACAAAAAAAUUAAACUAUUUUGUGCUAGUUGUGGCCGGUUUCUUGCCCAUAGUCUUAGCCCAAUUUUUAACGCACCCUGUGCAUGCUAAUCCCUCAGCAGUGCUCGUACAUUACACAUGUAACGCUAAUGUAACGCGAACGGAAGGAACAACAAAAGUUAAACAGAACAUUAAUGUAGAGCGCGUUAGCGUAGUGCAAGAGAAUCAAUCAACCGAAGAAGAGAUAGAAGUAAACAUAAAUGGGCGCAAACAAAAAAAAAAACAAAAACAGUGGCCCGAACACAAACUAAAUACAAUAGAAAUCAUAACGGAAGUGUAGUAUUACCGGAAGAUGCAUUGCUCGUCGUCGUCGUCGUCGUCGUCAUACUCGUAACAUUGUCGUAGUUAAACAUCUUAUCAACUUUUGUCAUAAAUUUGGAAGCAGCCGUGCUGUUUGCCGGGCGUAGCGUGUGUGGUGCAAGAUUUCUUGGCGUGAGAAUAAGUGCUGCGGCUUCCUACUAGCGCGGGAAAGAAAACGCAAACACGAAAACCAAAGCAUGGAAGAGAAGCAAAACAAGACAAAGGAAAACUAUCGUAAAACUGAAUCUCUUAACAUCUUUCUAUUACAACCAAUCAAAAAAACGGAUAAAUAAAGAACCUGUCUUCAUUGGAGUA